AUGGAGUAUUCUCAGGCUAAGUGUUUUUCUCGCCCGAUGGGUCAUCGCUUUCAUCCGACGGACAGGGAAGUGCUCAAGUAUCUAAUAGGGUUUGUGAGAGACGACCCACUUCACUCUCAGAAUGAACUCAUGCAGGUGGCGGAUCUCUACGCCGACAAAGAGCCAUGGCAGAUUUUCGAAGUUUAUGAUCAGGGAAACAACAACUACAACAACACUCGUUACUUCAUAACGCCGCAGAAGAAAGAGAAGCCAACGUGGAAAAGAGUUUCAAGAACUGUCGGGAAGGGCACUUGGAAGCCUCAAGGCAAAGGCCGAGAGGUGUUUGAUGAUAAAGGAAGACUCAUGGGNGCCCCUGACAUUAAAUUCUGA